AUGUCGAAUGAUAACGAAAAAUUUUUAAUUGAUUUACAAGAUUUAUUAAACACUCCAGCAACAAGUAAUAAAAGACGGGAUAAAUUUGUAGAAUUAAUUGAUAAAUAUCAACCGAUGGCUAAAACUAGUUUACGAUCAAUUGAAGAUUUUGAUAAUUUACAUGGUCGAUUACACGAUUUAUUACGAUUAACUGAUACAAAAGAUGAUCCUAAUGAUCCUGAUGAAAAGAAGAUGUCAGCAUUAGCAUUAAUUGAUAAGAGUCAAUAUGAAGUAUUUGAAAGCGUGAUGACUGAUCUUCGACGAAUUGCAGAGUCGCUUAUAAUGGAACAGUGUCAUUUAUCGGUACGAUUAAACAACGUGGAGAAUGAAUUAAAUGAUGUUAAACGUUUAUUAUUUGAAAAUGAAUUUAAAAAACUUUGUUUUCUUGUAUCAACACCACUUAAAAAUGUAUUAAUGAAACAAUUUCGUACUCGGAAUUUACGAAUUGAUCCAUUAGAUAAAACAUUGUUAUUAGCAUUAAAAUCAAAUGAUUAUCAUAUUGGUCCAAUUGAUAGAACUUUAUAUUAUGCGGUUACAGAAACUUAUCAAAAACUUGCACGAGAUAUUGGAAUAUUCUAUCAUGAUUUAAUCGAAGUCAUUUUUGUACGUCUACAAAGAAACAUACAACAACAUGAAUCGUUGAACGAAUAUAUCGAUGAAUGUAGAGUAUUAAAUAUUACACCAAAAUUUGAAAACCUAAUAGAACAGAUGGAUUUAACUUCAUUAUUUAAAUAUAAAACAUCGCAAAUGCGGCUUUUAGAAAAACUUUUCAACUUUUACGCUUUGCGUGAUGAAUAUCGUUAA